AUGGGAUCCCGAACUUCAAAACUUGGAAAUAAAAAGAAUGCGAGAGAGACGGAGACAUCAGAAAACCAACUCGACGAAGAGCGAAUCAACAGCGAAAAAGAAGAUAAAGACUGGGAAUUUAUCGAUGACAAGAACCCAGAAUAUCAGCAAUAUAUGUUUAGUACUAUGGAUGUUGAAAACACUCCAUCACUCACAGGCGCCGUUUUGGUGCUUUCAUUUCAAGAUCCAGAACGAAAUACGGACAUUUCCGAGAAGUCGCAAAACCAAAGAGAAGAAAAAGAAAAUCAUAUAUUGAUCGACCCUCUAUGUUCUGAGUAUUACGGAUUACAGUUGGAAGUCAAAUUGAAUCAACAUUCGACAUAUUUGGAAAGGCUCGGAGAAAUAGGAAAUUUAUCAAGAGAAGUGUACAAAUUAUGUAGGAUUCGCUUGAACAAUCGGAAACUCUACUCACUUUUUCUGAAAGCAGCUGGAAGCAUGUUAGAUGAACCUACAGUCAGAAGAACACUAUCUACUUUUCAAAGAUACACCAGUCAAUAUAUUGUUUCCGAAAGUCAAAAAGACGUUGCAUCAAUCAGUCUUAAGAAAAAGGAAAAUAAAAAAUUCAGUUUGAUUCGACCUUUCCGAAACGCAGCAAGAAAAUUACAACUUCGCUUUUCCCAACGGAAAGUUAAAUUAAAAUGUAAAGGUUCACCAAGUUUUGGUGUACGAAUGUAUAAAACUGCAUCAUUUUGUUAUCGAAAACCAUAUAUCGCCAAAGAGUUACUUGUAUCUACAUAUCGGUUCGUCAAGGUAUCACAUGAUGCAGGAAUAUGGACGUGGAAAUCGAUUUGGAAAAUGAUGAAACCUAACCUUUUUGUCACUAAUUCUUAA